AUGGAAUACCGGAAAAUCAAAGACGAGGAAGAUCAUGACGACGUCGCUACUGAUGUCAAGAGUUUGAAGGGAAAAUUUCAUACCGGUGCUUCGAGUAAUAUUGCUAUGGCUACUUUGGGUGUUGGAUCCAGUGAACGGAUAAACUGGAAACGAAAGGGUGUAGUAACAUGUGCACUGACGAUUUUGACGAGUUCUCAAGCGAUACUCAUAGUAUGGUCGAAGCGAGCUGGGAAGUAUGAGUAUAGUGUUACGACUGCGAACUUUUUGGUUGAGACUCUGAAAUGUGCGUUAUCUCUGCUUGCGUUGACAAGGAUAUGGAAAAACGAAGGUGUUACUGACGACAAUAGAUUAAGCACAACAUACGACGAAGUCAAAGUAUAUCCGAUUCCUGCGGCAUUGUAUCUUUUCAAGAAUCUGUUACAGUACUAUAUUUUUGCAUACGUAGACGCUCCGGGGUACCAGAUAUUGAAGAACUUGAACAUCAUUAGUACUGGUGUCUUGUACAGAAUUAUACUAAAGAGAAAAUUGAGCGAGAUUCAGUGGGCGGGUUUCAUUUUAUUAUGUUGUGGAUGCACCACUGCUCAGUUGAAUUCAAACUCUGAUCGUGUUCUUCAGACAUCUCUUCCUGGCUGGAUUAUGGCGAUUGUCAUGGCUCUUUUAAGUGGUUUCGCUGGAGUGUACACAGAGGCAAUUAUUAAAAAGCGGCCUUCAAGGAAUAUAAAUGUACAGAACUUCUGGCUAUAUGUCUUUGGGAUGGCUUUCAAUGCUAUUGCUAUAGUGAUCCAAGAUUUCGAUGCCGUUGCAAAUAAGGGAUUCUUCCAUGGUUACUCAUUCAUCACAGUACUUAUGAUUCUUAACCAUGCUCUCAGUGGCAUUGCUGUGUCGAUGGUGAUGAAAUAUGCAGACAAUAUUGUAAAGGUUUAUUCGACAUCAGUGGCGAUGCUUCUCACCGCGGUCGUCUCUGUAUUCCUCUUCAAUUUUCAUCUUUCCCUAGCCUUCUUCCUAGGUUCAACGGUCGUCUCUGUUUCAGUAUACUUGCAUUCCGCUGGAAAGCUACGAUAG